UUCACUUUUUUGAGGAUCAUCUCUGCAUCGUUAAUUUAGUUUGAGAGGGUGACUUGUAAGGUUAUCAAAAUGCAUCCCUGCUUAUUUUGCGCCUCAUUAUUUAAGAGAACGCUUGUUUUGUUUUGCCCGCUAGUCUCCAUGCGCUUGCUAGCUGUUAUGGUUACUCUUCUGAUACCGCCACGGUCAGGUGGAUUUGGCUGUAAGGCAGAGCGCGGGAGGCUGACUUUAGCAGCUGUAGCACUACAGGACCAUAUCACACGAAGCAUUCCUGUUCGAAGCAUUCCCUGCAACCUCCCUGUAUCACAUGUUAGAAGGCACAAAAGUCACAACACAAGGCAGUGCAUCAUAUUUCCUGAGCAGACACAAGGACAAGAGGAGAAAGAGUAUGUGCUGGAUCGUGGCCCUCCACCUCUGACUCUUGCCCAAAGGAUGGGUCUGGUGGCAGCUCCUUCAAGACGACUAACAGCAGAGGAGUGGGCAGAAGUCAAAACCAGGUCCAUCCAGGAGGGAGACUCAACCCAGCCCUGUUCGAUAUGCAGGGAGGAGUUUCGUCUGCAGCCACAGGUUCUACUCUCCUGUUCUCAUGUAUUUCACAAAGUGUGUCUGAAGUCUUUUGAGAAGUUCUCAGGCAGGAAGAGCUGCCCGAUGUGCAGGACGGAGCAGUACGAGACAAGGGUGAUCUAUGAUGGUGCUCGUCUCUAUCGGGAAAAGUGUGCUGUCAGAAUACAGGCUUUCUGGCGUGGCUACCUUGUUCGCAAAUGGUACAGCAACGUAAAGAAGUACGUGCCGCCGAAAGACCAACAAUUAAGACGAAGAUUCUUUGAAAAAAAGUUUCAGGAGAUGAACGACAGCUUGGUGCAGUCAUGCAGCAUGGACGUGGAAGCCUUCCUGAGCGAUAUCGAUCGCUCCGUGGCCACGAGCCACCACAUCCUGCGCCGCUUCGCCGACAAGUACGCGGGCGCGUCUGAAAUGGAGGAUAAGGACUGGCUGGAAGCUCAAGAGAAGGCUGUCCAGCGGGGUGUUCAGGACUGCCCCAUUUGCCUAAACCAUUUGGGCUCAUCUAAAGAUGACAGGAAUGUCCUAUUAUUGUCCUGUUCCCAUCUCUUCCAUGAACCCUGUCUGCAGGCCUUUGAGCGUUUCUGCCAUGAGGUGAAACCCACAUGUCCCCUCUGCCGCUCACACUAUGCAAAAAUGCUUGUUUCACAUUAAAGCUCUGUAUAUUUAUUAGAUAGACUUGAUGUUCUAGUUUAUUAGACAAAUUAAACUUAUCCCACAUCACAGUAAAAAGGCUGAAUGCAGAUUAAUUCAGAAAGAAGUCAGAUUAAAAACUGUCAAAAGUCACAAACUUUAUUGUAAACUGAAUUGGAAUACAAAGUAAACUAAACAUUUUGCUUCACAAACAUUGCAAUUAAACUCUACAAAUACAAGAGAAAACAUUCUGAAAAUACAUUCACACGUGUAAAAGAAGCAACAGG